CUAACGGAUUUUUUCCACCUGGCAGGCCAACCACUGUGGGAAGCACAGUGACAGUGGCGUGUAAUGCCGGGUUUCAACCUCAGCCUGGUAAAGCUCAAACGAUAACCUGCUGGUCUGAUGGGCAAUGGGCACCGACACUCUACUACCCCUGUAUACCACAAACACCAACGAUGGCAUAUCUCCUCUCCAGGACAUCAGUUUUAGCACGCUUUCUUGUCUAUGAGCCAAUGACUUUGCGGUUCUGUGUGACAAACAACAACUCCAGCAGGCAGUACUGUAGUGGAACUUCGAAUGUCACCAUAAAUGGCCUCACUCCGCACACAGUAUACUCAUUGUCGGCCUACACAAAAACAGGCCACCUGCAGUCCCAGCAUACGGCUGCUGUGGCUCUGACGACCCGUGCUCUACCACCUCCGGCUCCAGUCAUCUAUUACAUAUCAGCAACAGCAACAUCAAUAACCUUCGGUUUCUUCCCGCUCACUGGAUACUUCGCCAUUGGCAGUUACUGCUGCAACUUUACAAGAACAUCGGUGUCAGGAAUACCUGGAUCGGGAGCAGCAACCAUUACAAUAUGCAGUGCGACCACAACUGUCCUGCUGAAGGGAGCUGAGGAAGAUGCUAUGUACAACGUGAUAGCAUUCGCCUACAAUACAGCUUCGGAUAGGGGAAAUAGCACAGCAAGUAAUGGUGUGACAACUAGAGCAGCAGUGCCAGCGGCUUUCCCAACAGGACUAAUAGUAUCCUCAACGAGCUACACAUCAGUCUCCAUCUCAUGGACGCCAAUCAGUAAUCCGUUUCUCCUCAAUGGGCGCCUUGUAGGUUACCACGUCCGAUAUGAAGAAGAAGGAACGGCUCUACCACCUCUCAAUGUUUAUUGGCCACAUGCCACACUGAGCAAUUUGAGGGCAGGCUAUACGUACAGCAUUCGCGUUGCAGCGAUCUCAACUGGCGGUAUUGGAUUGUAUGCUCCUCCUCUCAAUAGGACUACAAAUCAAUACUAUGCACCACCGCCAAUAAUUUCCAAUGUGGAGGUGCUGGCGACAAAGGUCACCGUGAACAUCUCUGCAAGCCCAGGAGAUUACCGUUUCUCCGAGUUCUGCUGUUACUUCACGAGGUAUUCCGUAUCUAAUAUACCAAAGUCCAACAGGUAUAAGGUGACGGUUUGUAACCGUACUAGUCCCAUUGUCUUCUCACCCGUUGAGGAGGAUGCCAGUUACGGUCACCCGCUGCUAUACUGUGUAGUAAGGGACACACUUCCACGUGACGGAUAUCUCACAAUUAUUCAAAACUUCACCACACCAGCAACAGCUCCACAAGUCGCCCCGUCAGAUAUACAAUUCAGGUCAAGCACAGCUACAACUGUCCGUAUCAGCUGGUCGGCCGUGGACCCAUACGAGUUAAAUGGAGUACUGGUGGGAUACAAUGUUACAUGCUGGCAAGGCACGAACCUGAUAACGUAUGUGCACACUACAACAGAGAACGCGAACGUGACUGGCUUGAAGUUCAACUCCAUGUAUAAAGUUUCAGUUGCAGCCAUCUCAUCAGGAGGGCUAGGUAUUUACUCAAAGUACACCCCUGUCACUACAUCACAGGAUGUUCCACCAACUCCAAAGGUCACAUCUAACUCAUCAACUCCAGCAACAAUUACUGUGGUGUUUGGCGCACUGACUGGUCGUUUCACAAUUCAUCGGUAUUGCUGUCUGUACCACCGUGAAAGAGUCUCCGGGACUCUAUCGCCAACAACCUCUACAACGGUUUGCAGUCAAGUCACAACCAUCAUACUGAAAAACCUGGAGGAGGAUGCAACGUACUCCAUAGAGGGGUUUGCCAACAACACUGACAUGGAGAUUAGCCCACAUACAACGCCAUUCAGUCUCGAAACUAAACCCGAAGGCCCAUCUGAGCCACCGGCAUCUGUGAGCGUCACGGAUGUCAACAGAACAUCACUCUCAGUGGUAUGGAAUGAAGUACCCUUGCUUGGUCGCAAUGGUCCAAUCACACACUAUCUGGUCAAGUACAACAACAGCCAUGACCGACGUGUUGGAAGUGAUCAGCUCUCACUCACACUGCAUCACCUUCAGCCCAACACAGACUACAACAUCAGUGUAUCGGCUAUAGGUCACGGAGGUCAAGAUGGCCCAGCCAGAAGUAGUGGCAUUAUCACAACACUUGAAGCUGGUCAGUACCGUAGCUGGUGGCGGAAUUGGUGUUGAAAUUCACCAUUAUCAUAAGCAGUGUUUAUGCAGGCUGAUCUGACUGGUA